AGAUCCACACCGCACUACCACCACCAUCUCAUUCCGUUCGGGUGCGGAGUGGGUGAACUAGAACUCACACUGUGCACGGGGAAGGGAAGGCAUCGUAUACGUGUACGCCCAUUUUACUUGUACUAGGACAUCAUCCAUUGCCUCUCCCAGCAGCUCAACCACCAGCCUUUCCCCUCAUCAGCAUCACCACCACCGCACCCGCCGACGCACGCCAUGGUCUCGCUCGCCGCCGCUGGCUCCCAGAUCCUGUCGCCCAAGCAGAGCCCGUCUUGCGCGUCGUCGUCGUCGACGGCGGCUGCGGCGCGCCGCCCGGGCUACUCCAUGCGCACCAUCCGCUCCGCGCUGCUGCACCCGGACUCGCCUCCCGGACCAGGGUCCCCCCUGCGCGUUGCCGCCGCCGACGAGGGUGGCGACUCGGACAUGGAGAACCUCACGGACUCCGUCAUCGACUUCCACCUCAGCGAGCUGGCGGCCACCGCGGGGCCCGCGCACCCGGCGGCCGUCGCCAAGUCCUCCUCCGCCAACGCCGCGGCCACGGAGAUGCUCGAGCUGUCCAGGGACUUCUCCGACUACUCCAGCUUCAACUCGGAUAUCUCCGGGGAGCUCGAGCGGCUGGCGGCGGCCGCCGCGACGGCCACGCCCAGAUCCGACGCCCCGGAGCGGCUGGCCGCCGUGGAUCUGAAUGAUCUGGAGUCGAUGGAUCUGUCCGUGGACGCGGCGCCGCUGGAGCGCGUGGAGCCGUUCGUGCUGGCGUGCGUGCAGGCGCUCGGGCCGGACGCCGCGCCAGACGCGCGGCGCACGGCCGCGGCCAGGAUAAGGCUGCUGGCGAAGCACCGCUCCGACAUCCGCGAGCUGGUCGGCGUCUCCGGGGCGAUCCCGGCGCUGGUGCCGCUGCUGCGGAGCACCGACCCGGUGGCGCAGGAGAACGCGGUGACGGCGCUGCUGAACCUCUCGCUGGAGGAGCGGAACCGGUCGGCCAUCACGGCGGCGGGCGCCAUCAAGCCGCUCGUCUACGCGCUGCGGACCGGCACGGCGUCGGCCAAGCAGAACGCCGCGUGCGCGCUGCUCAGCCUGUCGGGCAUCGAGGAGAACCGCGCCACCAUCGGCGCGUGCGGCGCCAUCGCGCCGCUUGUGUCGCUGCUCUCCGCGGGCUCCACCCGCGGAAAGAAGGACGCGCUCACCACGCUCUACCGUCUCUGCUCGGCGCGCCGGAACAAGGAGCGCGCCGUGAGCGCCGGUGCCGUCCUGCCGCUCGUGCUCCUCAUUGGCGAGCGUGGCACUGGGACGUCCGAGAAAGCAAUGGUGGUUCUUGCGAGCCUUGCCAGCAUAGCCGAGGGCCGUGAUGCUGUCGUGGAAGCUGGCGGGAUACCCGCACUGGUUGAGACCAUCGAGGACGGCCCUGCAAGGGAGAAGGAGUUCGCCGUGGUGGCCCUGCUGCAGCUCUGCUCCGAGUGCUCCAGCAACCGUGCGCUCCUUGUUCGAGAGGGGGCCAUCCCACCGCUUGUCGCUCUCUCACAGUCCGGCUCUGCUCGUGCUAAGCACAAGGCUGAGACUUUGCUUGGUUACCUGCGCGAGCAGCGCCAAGGCGGUGGCUGCAGAGUUGGACCAGUUGCAGCUACGAGCAUGGCUCGGUAAUGCACUACUAAUCUUGCAAAGCUACAAGCUGGCUAGGUACUGCACCACUGAUAUGGUGAAAUGCAGAAAUUAUGCUUCGUUUUGUCUAUGAGCUCGUCUGCUCUGUUCUUGGUCUGGGUAUUGAGAAUGGAGCUGCCCAGUAAUGAUGGGGCGCGAUGAUCAUGUGUAAAUAACAGCUGGCUUUUGGUUCGGCGAUGUGAAUACAUAUGUGGUCUGCGAGCGAUGGAUGGACGGUUAGAUGGUUGGUUACUAACAUCGGUCGAGGUGAGGAGGAUUCAUGUAGUAUUUAGGGAGGAUUUGAGUUGUUGCUAAGGUACUUAUGUGGUACUGAGUUGUAGCUGUGUAUAGGAUGUUAGGGUGGUAAUGCCGUAUGUUUGCUUGGCUUCCUGAGGUGAGGGGAAUGUUUGGAUAGCCAAACCAUGUCUUUUUUUACCUGAUGUUUUGGAGUCCAAAUUCCUCUGCACCUUGCUAUCUAGUGUGACUUGUUCUGCAAACAUGUCUUGAUUGCUCCUGCUCCUGCUCCAGCUGGUAUGUUUUCAUAUGAAUCCAAGGUGUUUCUGCCAGAUAA